AAGUUGUUACAGAUGCAAACAGACCACAAGACACAUAUAUCUUCUUCUCUGCGCUCUCUCCGCAGUCGUUUGACGCUUACUGUGUGGUCAUGGCUUGUGUUGCUUCGCUCCACCCACUGUCUUCUUCCUCCCGCUCUCUCUUUCCACCUCUCUGCCGCCAGUCGACGAUUCCCGCCAUCUUCCACCGGCUCAAGAGUUUCUCCUCAACCAGCCGCCUAGUAUCCACCAUGAACCGGUUGAGCCCGGUCCGGGCGCAGGCCAAGCGAGGGUUCUCACUCAAAGAAGACGAAGUGGCCUCCGCUGCGGAUGUGGAAUUUGAAAUCCCUCUGAAAAUUGUGGAAUACCCGGAUCCGAUUCUGAGAGCGAAGAACAAGCGAAUCGAUUCUUUCGACGAUAAUUUGAAGAAUUUGGUAGAUGAAAUGUUUGAUGUAAUGUACAAAACUGAUGGAAUAGGGCUCUCAGCGCCACAAGUAGGGAUCAAUGUGCAGCUCAUGGUUUUUAAUCCGGUUGGUGAGCGUGGUGAAGGGGAGGAAAUUGUGCUUGUGAAUCCAAGGGUUACCAGAUAUUCUCAGAAAACGCGACCCUUUAAUGAGGGUUGCUUAUCCUUCCCGGGGAUUUAUGCUGAUGUUGUAAGACCAGAAACUGUGAAAAUAGAUGCACGGGACAUCAAGGGUGCGAGGUUUACAGUCAGCUUAUCAGGUCUUCCAGCACGGGUGUUCCAGCAUGAAUUCGACCAUUUGCAGGGAGUUCUCUUUUUCGAUAGAAUGAGUGAAGGAGUUCUUGAAACCAUUUGUGCACAGCUACAGGCGUUAGAAAAGAAGUACGAGGAUAGGACAGGACUCCCGAGCCCUGAAAGGGUUGAAACCCGCAGAAGGAUGAAGGCUGCUACUGGUUUUGGAAAAUCACAAUUAGUGUAGGCUCCCACAAACACUUAAAGAGCUUAUAGAUAUGAAAUCCCAGUGUUGUAAUUUAUGAUUUUAUUGUUCAUACAAACUAUACAUUUGCAGGUUCUUGCUUAAUUAUAAUUAGGCACUCCAUAAUAAUUCUUGAUUAAUA